UGGGCUCUUCCGAUCUAUAACUUGCUAUUGAAGAGUUACAUUAUUAGUAAUUACAUUAUGAUUAGUAAGGACCUGGUUACAAAGUGAGAGACAGGGUGUGCUGCUGGUUAGUGGGGGGAGAGAGAGAGUGUCAGCCUGUUCCAAGCUGCUAUGUCUGAGCGUGAUGAGAGGAGAUACGUGGAGCUCAGUCGGGAGUCGGUCAAGCUGAUGGGUGAGAGUGUGGGGCUGGAGCUGGGUGAUGAGAUCAGUGCUCUGCUGGCUGAGGAUGUGUGUUACCGACUGCGAGAGACCACCCAGAACGGCACCCAGUUCAUGAGGCAUGCCAAGCGCAGACGCCUGACCGUGGAGGACUUUAACAGGGCACUGCGAUGGGCUAAUGUGGAGCCUGUGUGUGGUUACGGGGCCCCAGAUGUGCUCCCUUUUCGCUCGGUGAAGGAGGGAGAGCUCUUUGUCGUGGAGGAUCGCGAGGUCAAUCUGGUGGAGCUGGCGCUGGCCACCAACAUCCCCAAGGGCUGUGGCCAAACUGUAGUCCGAGUUCAGGUCUCCUACUUAGAGAGUAAAGCAAAUGAGGAACCUCAGGGAGCGGUUCCUGUGGCAAUCUCCAACCUCUCUGAUGACCUCCUCAAGUAUUACCAACAGAUUACUAGAGCAGUCCUAGGGGAUGACCAGCAACUCAUGAAGGUCGCUCUUCAGGAUCUUCAAUCGAAUUCGAAGAUUGCUGCCCUGCUCCCUUACUUUGUCCACGUGGUCAGUGGGGUUAAAUCGGUGAGUCAUGACCUCGACCAGCUGAAUCGCCUUCUGCACAUAGUGAAGAGUUUAAUCAGUAAUCCCUACCUCUACCUGGGUAACUACAUCAAGAGCCUAGUCUCCAGUGUCAUGUACUGUAUUCUGGAGCCUCUCGCAGCCUCAAUAAACCCUCUCAACGAUCACUGGACCCUGAGGGAUUAUGCUGCAUUGCUCCUUACUCACAUCUUCAGGUGCCACGGUGAUUUAGUGAGUGCACUGUCCCACCAGAUCCUCCUGACCCUCCAGAAGGUGCUGAUCGAUCCUGUGCGGCCUCUCUGCUCUCACUAUGGAGCCCUGGUGGGUUUACAUGCCCUGGGCUGGAAGGCUGUGGAACGUGUCCUUUACCCCCAUCUGCACAUGUACUGGCCAAACCUGCAGGCUGUCCUCGAUGAUAACUCAGUGUCCAAUGCACAGGUCAAAGCUGAUGGUCACAAGGUGUACGGAGCCAUUCUGGUGGCGGUGGAGAAUUUGUUGAAGACUAAGCUGCUGAUGGUGGUGUCGGCGGAUGGAGGCAGCGUUCCGAGCUCUCCGGCAGGAAGUCCGGUGCGGGAGCCGCACACCGAGUUUGGUUUUGGCAUCACCAGCCACCUGCUGCAGACUGGCACAGGCCCGAGCUACGAGCUGGCCCAUCCUGCUCCUGGCCUGGCCCAGAUGUACAGUGAGCUGUAUUCCUUCUUUGGGGACAGCCUGGCCACUCGCUUUGGGACAGGCUCCAGGAUCCCGGCUUCAGCUUUCCCGUCUGCCGGCAAGGAACCCAUUGGCCAGGCGGCCGCAGCGGGCACUGACCCAAAGACCCAGAGGGCAGGUCUCAAUGGCACUGACCAAGGCCGGAAGAUGCCGCAGUUGACCAUGAGUUUGGCCGAUAGCCCGGUGCAGGGGAGUAGCCCAGGGCCUGAUCAGCCCUCGCUCCAGAGAGCCAGCCUUACUUCCCGAACCAAAUCCACAGCUCAGCUGCCGACGGACCAAGGUCUGCUCCACCAACGAGGGACCCUGGGUCUCCGGGAUGUCUUCCAGAGGGCACCUGUCUGCCCUCAGGCUGGUCCCUCUGCCUUCCUCAUUGCUGGCAGGCAGAUGGGCCGAAGGGGGAAAGGCCGCCUUUUCCAAACCAGCUUCCCGCUGUAUCACAAAGCCAGCUUGGCUUCCAAGUACAGUCAGAGGCUGCCCAUGAUUGGCCGGGUUAACAAACCAAUCAGGAGGUGGCUCAGGGCUGACUACCCCCUGUACCUGCCCCUUUAACUGGGGGCUGACUACCCCCUGUACCUGCCCCUUUAACUGGGGGCUGACUACCCCCUGUUACCUGCCCCUUUAACUGGAAUUCUCGCACCAGCUGAAGUGACCAUGAAGAACUCUCCUUCUGAACCCCUCUCCUCACCCUGACGCACGGAGACUCUCACCAGCCCCCUCUGUCGCUGUCUGAAAGGAGAGAGCAGCCUGAUGAGAAUCUGGGGCUGCAGAGAUGUUGUCUGGAAUCCCAGCGGAGUUACGUUGUGCAAAUUGAAUCGCUGUCUGAAACAAACAACGGGACGACCAUAUUCCUCACCCUGUCAUCCCCAUGUAGAUAAUUCCCAUUCUCACCAUUCACAUUGUUUUAGUUGUGUAUCUGAUUAUGGAAUGGUUGAUUUAUGUAAACUUACAGAAUGACACAUGAAAUGUAGUGACUUUUGUUGGAUAAUUAAAUGACAGUUUCUUCAA